AUGUCCGAACGCAACCAGCUUGCCAAUGCCGUGAGCCCGAAAACAGAUGGUACCUCGAGCAAGAAAGAACUCAUGGCUGUGUGCGAGCAGCUGAAGGACGAGCCUGAUCUCAAGUCCGUCGUCUCCGCGGACGAUCAUGAGCUUUUGGCCAAGAUGUUCCUUGACAGAAAGAGCUUGUCGCAAGAGGAGGGAGAAAACGCAGCGGAGGAUGCUAAGAAACUAUGGCCUGCUUUGGUGACACUUGGCAUGGGCCAAGUCCUCACAGGAAGAGUUAUGCGCAUCAUCUCGGAGGUUGCUGCUAAGCUACCUGAGGAUUGGAUAUUCGAAGACGAAGCGAUGGGUUUGUGGUUGUUUCUCAUGGUGCGCGAAGCUAAGAAGCAUGAGGGGGACCAGACUCCGGCUGUUGAGUGA